AUGGAGGACUACAUUAUGAAUUUGUCUUCUUCAUACCUCAGCUCACCUGACAAUCUGGGCAAAGAUCAUGACACAUACAACAACGUGCUCAUGCCCAGCAUCUUUGGAGUCAUUUGUUUCUUUGGGAUCAUUGGAAACUGUAUUCUUAUUUACACCAUUGUAAAGAAGACCAAGUUCUGCUCUCAUCCAUCAGUCCCAGACAUAUUUAUCUUCAGCUUGUCCAUCGCAGACCUCCUCUUCCUGCUCGGCAUGCCUUUUCUCAUUCACCAGCUUGUGGGCAAUGGCUCCUGGUGCUUUGGUGGCACCAUGUGCACUGUCAUCACAGCGCUUGAUUCCAACAGCCAGAUAGUCAGCACAUACAUUCUGACUGUAAUGACUCUGGACCGUUACCUGGCCACUGUCCACCCCAUCCGCUUCAAACAUGUCCGAACCCCCUUGGUGGCAGGGGCAGCAGUGGCACUGGUGUGGGUGUUUUCUCUGGUCUCCAUCACCCCGGUCUGGAUGUACACGGGACUCAUGCGUCUCAAGGACGGCUCAGUCGGCUGUGCCCUCCUGCUCCCAAACCCAGCCACAGAUACAUACUGGUUCACCUUAUACCAGUUCUUCCUGGGCUUUGCUCUCCCUUUAGUGGUCAUCUGCAGUGUCUUUUUCAAGAUUCUACAAAACAUGUCAGCUACGGUUGCUCCGCUGCCCCAGCGCAGCCUGAGGGUGCGUACAAGAAAGGUGACCCGCAUGGCAGUGGCCAUUUGCCUGGCAUUCUUCUUAUGCUGGGCCCCCUAUUAUAUCCUGCAGCUGGCCCACCUUGGAGUACAGCGACCCACCUUUGCUUUCCUGUACAUCUACAACAUCGCUAUCAGCCUGGGCUACGCCAAUAGCUGCAUCAACCCUUUUAUCUACAUUGUGUUAAGUGAAACAUUUAAGAGACAGUUCAUUGUAGCUAUUCGGCCAUCCCUCAGAGGCUUCAGAGUCGCCCCUGCUCAGGCUGAUGGCAUGAGUUUGAGGGUGGCACCAGACAUCUCUCAGCCAUCUCACUCUCAGUCAUCACAGGAACUGCUCCAAAACAUGCUGCCUGUCACUGUGGCCAUGCACUGAGACUGACAGUUAUCUGACCACCCGCCACCACUGCUAACCACCACCCCCAGCAGCGAGCCAUCUGCCAGUACAGACGUCUCACUUUUUUCCCCUCGGAAAGCACCUACUGUUUACAUCAACACAUAACGAAAGGAGGAAUUUCCAUUCCAGACACUGUGUUAAUGUGCCGAGUGGUGAUAUAACCACUCAGAAGUGGAGUUUGGAGACGUGUUUGUUGUGAGGAAUAAAUACUGUUGUCACCCUAUGAGAAUGUAAAAAGAAACAAUCUGCAACUUGUGACUGACACAUACCAUUUUUAGAAUCUGACUAUGUGUAAACUAUGCGCUAUCACAGUGAUUUAUCAUUAUGGU